AUGCAAUUGAAGAACUUAUUAGCUGUAUCAGCUAUUGCAGGAUUAGCUUCUGCUGCCAACAACUCCACUUUGACUACAGCUACUCCGCUGAUAAACAAAGACUGUUCUUUCUCAGACUUUACUGCCACCGCUUCAUCACAAGUUUCCCAAGUUGCUGCAUGUGAAACUGCUGCAGGUAACAUCGUCAUCAAUGGUGAUGCUUUCGGUACAGUUGAAUUAACUGGUUUGCAACAAUUAUACGGUGACUUGGCCAUCAGAAACGUUACCCAAGCCCAAACCAUUAAUGCCCCAACUUUGCAAUUGGUUUCGGGUGAUUUGGAAAUCAAUGCUUGUACCGUUUUGUCCAACUUGAACUUGGCUCAAUUGACCACUGUUGGUACUUUGGAAUUGACUGCUUUGCCAGCUUUAGAAUCAACUGGUUUGGCUGCUGGUUUAACCUCUGCUGAAUCUAUUAUUGUUUCUGAUACUGGUUUGAACCAUUUGACUGGUAUCAAUGUUUACCAAUUGAAGGUCUUCAACGUUAACAACAAUGACGAUAUUGACUCAAUUGAUUCAGGUUUGAAAGAAGUUACUGAUACUAUUGAUAUUUCUUACAAUGCUGACAAGGUUGAUGUUAACUUGGAUGAAUUGACUUCAGCCAAGAACAUUGUCUUGCAACAAGUUAAUUCAUUCAAUGCACCAAACUUGACUGUUGCUAACGGUUCCAUCACUAUCACUUCAUCUUCCCUUGAAAAGCUUGAAUUGGCUCAAUUGAAAUCUGUUGGUAAUGCCAUUGCUCUUAGCAAGAAUGAAGAUUUGGAAGAAUUGGAUUUCCCUAAAUUGACUACUAUUGGUGGCGCUUUGCAAAUUUCAGACAACGACAACUUAAAAUCAUUGGAAGCUUUUUCAGAAGUCACUUCUAUUGGCGGUACCGUCAACAUUAACGGUUCUUUUGACAAUGGUACUUUUGACUCAUUGACUAAAGUUGCUGGUGGUUUCAUCUUGAAGAUUGACGGUGACUUGUCAUGUUCCGCUUUCAACAAAUUGAACUCCAAGGGUGAUAUUAAAGGUGACAAAUUCCAAUGUCAAGAUCAACAAACCACUUCAUCAUCAUCAUCCGCCAAAAAGAACUCCCAAUCUUCUGAUUCAUCUGAUUCAAGUGAAACUGGAUCAGACUCUUCUUCAUCUUCAGACUCAUCAUCAUCAUCUUCAGACUCAUCUAGUAAAUCCAACGAUGCUUCAUCCUCAAGAAUUGGAUUGUUUGCCACCGUUGUUUCUACUUUUGUUGCCGUUGGUGCUGCUUUGUUCUAG